GGUGAGAUUAGAGAGGAGAGGACACCAGCGCACAUGCAUAUGGGCUUUCUCACAGCAACACCAUUUGGAGGAUAGAUCUGGUUCAGACUGGAGUUGAAACUCUUGUCCUUAACACCUUUUCACUGGAUCUAUAACUUCCAAUCACCUUAACGGACAAUAUCUACAUCAGCUGGAUUCUUAAGUCUUCAAAAGCCUUAAUGCCUCUGGAUCUCUGGCAAACUAAGAGUGGACUGUUCUUGAAACGCAUUUCCCUACACAGCCUUUUCAUUUGACUCAUCUAUGCUACUCAGUAAGCGGUCUUUAUGUGGUAGUUUCAGCUCAUACUGACUGGUGUCUUCCAACACGUUUUGGCCAUGAGCUUCUUUGGAUACCGCCGAGAGCUGAGUAAGUAUGAAGAUGUGGAUGAGGACGAGCUUUUGGCUUCCCUCAGCCCUGAAGAGCUGGCUGAGCUGGAAAAGGAGCUGGCGGACAUUGACCCUGACGCCAACGUUCCUAUAGGACUCAGACAGAGAGACCAGACAGACAAGAGCCCAACAGGCACCUUCAGCAGAGAGGCUCUCGCGAAGUAUUGGGAAAAUGAGACGCGUAGAUUGCUGGAGGACGAGAUAGGUGCAGGAAGCCUGAAAACGGAUGAAGAUCAAGAGGAGUGUGUGACUGAGGAAAGCAGUGGAGAAGAUGAAGAAAAAGAUGUUGAGAAUGAAAAAGAACAGAAGAAGCAAGAAGAGCUAAAGGAAAUGGAAGAUGAAGAUGAGGAGGAGGAAGAAGAACAAGAAGAAGAGGAGGAAAGUGAAGAAGAGGAGGAAGCUGUAACAGAGGAGGAGGAAGAUGAGGAGGAAGAGGAGGAACAAGAUAAUAGAUUAAAACCUGAGCCCUUCAGGGAUUCUGGAGGGCUGACGCCACGAGCCAACACCCCAAUGCUACUGAAGCCACAGAGGGUUGAGCCUAUGAGACUGACUCCUCCACCUCCACCUGCUGACCCUAACGCAACCGGAAACCCGACAGUUGUGGACGAAGCCCUCCAAAGAGCUUUAGACAAUGAUCCUGAACUCACAGAGGUUAACCUCAACAACAUUGACGACAUCUCACAGGAAACCCUAAUUCGGUUUGCUGAAGCACUGAGGUCCAACUCCUAUGUAAAGGUCUUCAGCCUUGCAAACACCAAAGCAGACGACCCUGUUGCUCUGGCCAUAGCUAAGAUGCUAAAGGAGAAUUCAUCCAUCGUCAGUCUGAAUAUAGAGUCCAACUAUGUGACUGGAAAGGGCGUGAUGGCGUUGGUUCAAGCACUGCCAGGGAACAACACCCUGACAGAGCUUCGUUUCCAUAACCAGAGACACAUGUGUGGAGGACAGGUGGAGAUGGAGAUGGUGAAGAUCCUGAGGGAAAACCACACAUUGAUCAAACUGGGCUACCAGUUUAACUUGCCUGGUCCUAGGAUGAGCAUGACAGGGAUCCUGACCCGAAACCAGGACCGCCAGAGACAGAAACGACUGCAGGAGCAGAGACAGCAGCAACAGAAGGGCCAACAGGGGGCACCAGAGGGAGCUGUCAACCCCAGAACUAAUGCACUGAAAGGAACUCCUCGCUCAUCACCAUACAGCUCACCUAGAGUCUCACCCUGGUCCUCGCCAAAACUCCCACGGACAGACCUAGCUAAAAAACAGACUCCUCCUGCUCCACCUCCUCCUCCCCCUCCACCACCUCCGCCUCCCCCACCUCCUCCUCCUCCACCUCCCCCUCCACGAGAGAAGAAGAAGCCCACCAGGAUGAUAGCAGAGGUCAUCAAGGCCCAUGAGGCAGGCAGCCAGAAGAUGAAAAAGACAAAAGGUAAGAAGGGAAAGAAGGGGAAGGAGAAGAAUUCUGGGACAGAUGAGACGAGCAGCAUCCUGAAAGAGCUGAAGAACGCCUUAAGGCCUGUGUCAGUGGAAAGGAGGGAAGGGGAGGGCAGCAGGCCUUCUACGCCAAUGAGGUCAGCUCACGACCAGCUGAUGGAGUCCAUCCGUUCCAGCAGCAUCCGCAACCUGAGACGGGUGGAAAUCCCAUUUCAUCUACGAUAAUACAACAUAAGAAACACGUUUGCUGCCAUUGAGACUGAGAAAAGUCUACAUACUGAUGAAGGAGUGAGCAUCAACAAUGUGAGCACAAGGUGAAAACAUGUUGGGAUGCUAAAGAAGCAAGAACUGAAUUUUUGGAAAUAUACUGGAAAUUUGCACUGCAAUAAAAGCUUUACAUGUUCUUCUUAAAAGAAUUUUUGCCAAAGUGAAGACGCUGUUUCUAUUCUAUUUUGAAAACAAGCUGUUUACUGAUGAGUUUUCUAAUUCACUGUUUUCUUGUAAAAUUGUAAAUAUGAUCUGUUUUGGUUGACUUAUGUGUUAAUUUCUAAAUAUAGCCAUUUGGUGUUUACAAUGCCGCUUGUCUAAGCAUGCAGACUGUUUUCUUCUUCUUCUUCAGUUACUGGAUGAGAUCCAUUUAAAGAAUAGGGUCAGCUGUUAUGCAGCAGAAUAGGAAGCAAACAAAGCCAUUGUUUUUAUCAGUGAGUCAUUUAACCGGUCAAGCACUGCACCGCUGAUGCAUAUUCCCACUCAGACACACUCACAGUACACCCACUCCAGUUAGCACGUAUGAGAGCACGGCUUUUGCGCACUUUGUUGGAACAAUUCACAAAGCAUGACAAGUAUAGAGACUCACUGCUGGCACAUCACAGAACACAUCACAAUCCAGACAUAUAAUUUAAAGUAAAAUCACACAAUCAAAACCAAAGUGUAGUGUUUUUAUUGACCAAAAUUUUGCCUGGUGGUUAUUAACACAGUCUACUGUUGAAUAACAUACUUUAUUUAUACCUGAAGUUACAUACUGCUGUGAAAAUGACCCCCGCCCCCCUAUUCAUAUUCAUUUUUGCAUGUUUGUCACACAUAUAAAAAUUUUAGAUAAUCAAACAAAUUUUAGUAUGAGACAAACAAGAUUACCAGAGUAAAUACAAAAUGCAGUUUUCAAUAAUGAUUUCAUUUAUUAAGAGAAAAAAGCCAUCCAAAACUAUCUGACCCAAUGUGAAAAAGUAGUUGCCCCUAAACCUAAUUAUUGGUUGUGCCACCCUUGGUGGCAACUGCAAGCAAGCGCUUGCUAUAACUGGCAAUAAGUCUUUCACAUUGCCGUGGAAGAAUUUAUACCCACUUUUCUUUGCAGAAUUAUUUUAAAUCAGCCACAAUGGAGGGUUUUUGAGUAUGAAAGGCCUGUUUAAGGCCACACCACAGCAUCUCAAUCGAAUUUAAGUCCAGACUUUGACUAGACUCGUGUUUUUCAAGCUAUUCAAAGAUGGACUUGCUGGUGUGUUUCAGAUCAUUGUCCUGCUGCAUAACCAAAGCGUGCUUGAGUGUGAGGUCAUAAACUGAUGGCUAGACUUUCUUCAGGAUUUUCUGGUAGACAGCAGAACUCAUGGUUCAAUCAGUCAUUCAGGUCCUGAAGCAUCAAAGCAGCCCCAGACCAUCUCACUACCAUGUUUAACUGUUGGUAUGAUGCUCUUUUUAUAAAAUACUACUUCAGUUUUUCCUUCCGUCCAUCCGACAACUCAGGAGGCGAAAGCAGGGCUCCUCUCAGGCUGUUCUCAGGAGUGGAGAACUGCUGACCCGGACUGGGGAUGUUGUCGGGUGGUGGAAGGAACACUUUGAGGAACUCCUUAAUCCGGCCGAUGCAUCCUCCGAGGACGAAGCAGAGUCCUCUUCAAUGUAGCAUGGAGGUCUAGAUCAGUGCCUAUGGAGUGGCAGACUGGGGUGGUGGUUCCUGUUUUUAAAAAAAAGGGGACCGGAGGGUGUGCUCAAAUUAUCGGGGUAUCACACUCCUAAGCCUCCCUGGAAAAGUUUACUCUAGGGUGCUGGAAAGGAGGCUCCAGCUGAUUGUUGAACCUCGGAGUCAGGAGGAACAAUGCGCAUUCUGUCCUGACUGUGGGACAGUAGACCAGCUCUUUACCCUUGCAGGACUUCUUGAGGGAGCCUGAGAGUUUGCUCAUCCAGUCUACAUGUGUUUUGUGGACUUAGAGAAGGCCUAUGAUUAUGUCCGUCAUGGGGUUAUGUGGGGGGUACUGCGGGAAUAUGGGUCCCGGGGG